AUACGUAUUAAUCAAACACCAGAGAUUCACAUGGUGUUUCCGUUCUGCUCAAAAAAAUAUAAUUAAAGGAUAUUCUUUGUUUAUGUUGUAAAUUAUUUUAUAUAGUGAGAUGUCUGGACAUGGCAGUAAAUGUGAACUGUGUGGUAAAGUUCAAUGGAAAUACAAAUGUCCUAGAUGUGGAAGAAGAACCUGUUGUCUGGCCUGUGUGAAGAAACAUAAAGAAGAAACAGGGUGCAGUGGUGUCCGUGACAAGACAGCCUUUGUAAAGAUGAAAGACAUGAAUGAUAUGCACCUUCUCAGUGAUUAUCGUAUGUUGGAGGACGUAGAUAGAACUGUAGACAAUCAUAGCAGAGACCCACUAUGUAGGUCAGGAGUUCACGGAGUUGUCAGUAAGCUGAAAAAGUUUGCAGAGAAACAGGGAAUUAAAGUCCAGUUUCUUCCAUAUCCCAUGUCAAAGAGGAAAAACAAUUCCACAAAACUUACUAGAUACAGGAAAGGAAAAUUUCUGUGGCAUUUAGAACUCAUCUUUCCUCAGUCUGAAGUCAAGUACACAGAGAAAAGAGUACAUGAAGAUACUUGUCUACGUGAUGUGCUGAAGACCUUCAUUCACCCCACAGAAUCAGACCCUGUUAAAAGACAGAUGUUAAAGGCUUACAGCAGCACACCUUUAGAAGACUGUCUGAUUCUGAUGCAGGAAGGGGGGCUCCCAGCAAAUAUCAGGAGAUUUCAUCAACUUGAUCAGAAUAAGUCUUUGUGUGAGAAUCUGAAAGGUAAAGAAUUUAUAGAGUAUCCCACACUUCACAUUGUUCUACCAGACAGUGCUGACAAAUACCCACUGACAGUGGGUACAUAAUGGAGGUCUUGUGAAAAGGAUGAGUACAUGAGGGAAUUGAUGUGAAAGACAAAACUGGACACAGCUAUAAAAAAAAAACACUCAAAACACACUUAUAUGAGCAUUCAGAUUAUUUCAUUCACAAAGUAUCUUUGUUGAUAAGAUGGCACUCCAUGUAUACUGAAUAAGUAUAAAAUUAAAAUAUUUUCACAGAAGUUUGGACUACUUGUGAAAUAACUUGGAAACUAUUUUUGUUAAGAUAUUUAAUGUCAAUUUAAAGUUUGUUAUUCAUUUUAGACUUGUUUAAAAUGAACUUAAAGUCAAGAAAAUUUUAAUAAAGAUGUUUAGUUACCAAAAUAAAGUUUAGCAAUAAUUAAUAAAAUAGUACUCAUAUCUUCAGUUAAAAGAAGUUGGAUUA